UGGAAGGUCUUGCAUCAUAGCGAGUUAGAGAAAUGGACAAAUGGUUAUGUGGCUCUCCUCGACGACGUCUGCCAUCCAACAUUACCCCGUCAAAGCCAGGGAGCUACAAUAGCUGUAGAGGACGGAGCAGUCCUCGGGGUUCUCUUGGGCAUACUAGCACAGUCUCAGUACGUUGCAGAAAUUCUUAGAUUGUAUGAGAAGCUGCAAAAAUCCUGCUUGACGGUCAACUUUCGAGGCGCUGCCAAGAAUGGCAGAAUAUACCAGCUGCCCGACGGUUUGGAACAAGCAGUGAGAGACGGAGUAUUCGCG